AUGGAGGCCAUCUCUUCAGCGCUCUCUGCGCUCUCCAUCCAGACCGAAAAGGUGGUCAAGCACGCUGCCGCCAACAGUCCCGACAGCUGGAAGGCCGCCGUUGCUGAUGUCGUCUCUUCGCUCGGCCUGUCCUCGCACAACUACACCAAGACGGUCGUCUUCAAACCCAAGACCGCCAAGUCUGCUACCCCCCCUAUCCCCGUCGUUCUGAUCGCCAAAGAUGACUCCGAAUACAACACGGGCGCUGUCGCCAAGCACAUUGGCCAGAAGGAGAUGCGUCUGGCUGCUCCCGACGUGCUCAAGGAGUUUCUCAACGCUACCAAAGACGACGUGUCUGCGCUCAGCAUCACAAAGGACAACGCCGCCAAGCUCAUUGCCGUAUUGGAUGCGAGCCUCGCUACGAGCACCGACCACUUUGCUGUCCACGCCGCCAGCUCCGAGGAGACGCUCUUCAUGACCGGUGCCGAGAUCGCAAAGUACCUCCAGAGCACCGGCGUCAAGCUCGAGGUGGUCGACUUUGCCAAGCUCAAGGCCGAGGCUGCUACCCCCGUUGCCAAGGCCUCGGCCCCCUCGUCCAGCUCCGCUUCCGCCCCUGGCUCCACACAGGGCCCCAUCGCCGCUUCCAACAAAGCCAAAGCCGCCGAGGCUGCCAGGAUCCCAGAUGCUGAACAGACGGGCAUCACCGUGCGCAAAGCCGGCGACUUCCCGGAAUGGUACACGCAGGUUCUGCGCAAAGGUGACAUGCUCGACUACUACGAUGUGUCCGGCUGCUACAUUCUCAAGCCGUGGUCGUACUUUGUCUGGCAGUCGAUCCAGAACUUUUUCGAUGCCGAGAUUAAGAAGAUCGGUGUCGAGAACUGCUACUUCCCCAUGUUUGUAUCCGCCGACGUGCUCGAGAAGGAGAAAGACCACAUUGAGGGCUUUGCUCCCGAAGUCGCCUGGGUCACCAGGGCCGGCAACAGCGAUCUCGAGCGCCCCGUCGCCAUCCGUCCCACUUCCGAGACGGUCAUGUACCCGUACUACGCCAAGUGGAUCCAGUCGCACCGCGAUCUGCCGCUCAAGCUCAACCAGUGGAACAGCGUCGUGCGAUGGGAGUUUAAGCACCCGCAGCCGUUCCUGCGCACACGAGAGUUCCUCUGGCAGGAGGGCCACACCGCACACAUCUCGCUCGAGGAGGCGGACAAGGAGGUGAUGCACAUCCUCGACCUCUACCGUCAGGUGUACGAGAAGCUGCUGGCCGUGCCCGUUGUUCCUGGUGUCAAGUCGGAGAAGGAAAAGUUCGCCGGUGGGUACUACACGACGACUGUGGAGGGCUUUGUGCCAACGACGGGUCGUGGUAUUCAGGGUGGCACAUCGCAUUGCCUGGGUCAGAACUUUAGCAAGAUGUUCAAGAUCAAGGUCGAGGAUCCCAAUGCUCCCGAGGAGCUCAGGGGUAAAGAUGAGGGCAAGCUGCACGUGUGGCAGAAUUCGUGGGGUCUCUCGACGCGUACGAUUGGUGUCAUGGUCAUGGUGCACGGUGACGACGACGGUCUGGUCAUGCCUCCACGUGUGGCUCAGGUGCAGGUGAUCAUCAUCCCUUGUGGUAUCGGUGUCAAGACGACGGCACAGGAGAAGGAGGCUAUCAUGGACGCCUGUCACAAGACAGCCAAGGACCUCCAAGCUGCGGGUAUUCGCGCCAAGGCCGACUUGCGCGACAACUAUAGCCCGGGCUUCAAGUUCAACGACUGGGAGAUGCGCGGUGUUCCUGUCCGACUCGAGAUCGGACCCAAGGAUCUCGAGAAGAAGUCGGUGCUCUCGGUGCGACGUGACAACAAGGCCAAGGCCCCACUCGCUGUCGAAGGGCUCUCGAGCUCGAUUGCGACGCUACUCGACCAGAUCCACGACGACAUGUUCGCCAAGGCCGACGCCGAGUAUCGGUCGCGUCGCAAGGUGUGCGAGCAGUGGGACGACUUCACGCGCAUCCUCAACGACAAGUGCCAUGUGGUGAUCCCGUGGUGCGAGGUCGAGGCGUGCGAGGACGACAUCAAGAAGCGCAGCGCUCGCCAGGCUGUUGCGGGCGAGGCCGAGGACGAGCGCGCCCCCAGCAUGGGCGCAAAGUCACUCUGCAUCCCCUUCGACCAGGCCCAGUUCGGCGAGGUCAAGGGCAAGAAGUGCCCGCAGUGCGGAAAGGACGCCAAGCGAUGGACCAUGUUUGGUCGCAGUUACUAG